AUGCCUAAUGUUUUGGGGUCAGUGUCCUGUGCAGGCCACCCCACCUCUGUAUUACCUGCAUGUUACCAAUCUCCAACCCCAGAUGGGACAGAUGGCACUAGGACCAACAGGAGCUCUGUGGAUACCACACUAUCCGUCAUUCAGGAAGUGGGCCAGCCUCCAACCAUGCCUGUCAAACAAAGCAGCAACACCAGCAGCAAGGAUGCCAAAGCUAGCAACCCAAAACUGAGUUUCAAAGCAAAUGAGAAUGGCCUUCAACCAAGCCCCAUAUUUCUGUCUCCACAUAAGGCUUUCAGGCUCCCAUCAAUUUCCUAUCCCAGAAGUUAUUUUCCUUACCCAGUAUCUAAAGCCACUGCUAUAAGACCCUUCUCCUUAUGUGACAAAGGACCUUCUCCUUACGACAAAGCAGCAGAUCCGAUUUUGUUGCUCAACAACAGUCUCUUUCCUGGGCACCUUGCCCCAAAGUCUACACUGCCUUAUGUGGUGCCCAUGGGCCAUCUAGAGUUUCUGAUCUACCAAGAUGCCCUCGGAUUUGGCAUGGUACAACCCAUGUUGAUACCACACAGGCCUAUGGAGAUCACUAAAGAGGAGAAACCAGAGAGGAGGUCACGUUCCCAAGAAAGAGCCUGCCACAAAGACCCAACUCUCCAGAAUCAGCUUUCUGAGAUGUUGGAAACUAGCAGUACAGCAUUUCAUCCAGAAGUCCCCACUGACAUUCUAAAACUGAAUGCCAGCUGGAAUCAGGUGAAGAUUGUUAUCAGAAGUGAUAAGGUUGUUUAUGUAGACCAUCUUCAAGAAAAACCGGAUGUUAAAACUGAUGCAAACAUAUCUAAACCCAGCUUUACAGCAAAAAAUGUUGGUCAGAAUGCUGAGACUGCCAAGCUGCCAGUUGUCAAGCCAUCCCUGCAGCAGCAUGAUGAUUUUAUCAUGCUAAGAGAGGAGUUGGGGCACAUUGGUGACUUGCCUGAGGCUUAUACUCUCAAACAGACUCCAGCCAACAAAGAGAACCUAGGGAUGCCAGUUUCAACACCAUUCCUGGAGCUAGCUCUAGUGAGUGAUGGUCAUGCUGUAACUUUUAGUAAAAUCCAAGAGAAUCCCAAACCAUAUUGCCUUGGCAGUGCCCCAAUGAGUAUGGACAUAAUCUCUACUUACACCAAAGAUGGAGCCAAUGAGGCCAAAUCAAAUGAUGGCAAACUUCUGAAACCAAAGUCAUCUAAGCUGGUAAAGAGAAUCGCUACCUCAGCAGGUUACAUGGGUGACAGAUUCAAGGGUGUCACUACUGAACUGUAUGCAGAUUCUAGUCAGCUCAGGUGGGAGCAAUGGGCAUUGCAGGUGAGCCUCUCCACCCAAAUUUUCACAACUUUACUGCUUGCAAUGAUGCGCUUCUCAGAGUUGGAGGUGAAUGAGAAAAAAGGUGGCCAUUCAGAAACCAAAGACUCCAAGGCAUACAAAUUCAGCACAGCUGACUCAGAGAGGUGGAAAGGAAAUUGGGACAAUAAGUCAAAAUGUCUUCUGGAGGGGGAUAUUGCCAGCCAGAAUAACCGUGAGAGAUACUACCUUGAAUUAGGAGCAGAGAAAGUUGAUGCCUACGGUGGAGAGGGCAUAAGUUAUAACAAGUUCUACAAACAUUUGAUUAGUUCCAGCUGGUGUGACCAGUGUCCUCAUUGUGGUCCUCCUAUGUUGAACAGGAAAUGGAAGCUCCUUGGUUCCAGUGAAAAGCUUUUCCCUCCACAUGUGUGCAACCAGCAGACUGAGUUUUUUGAAAUUGUCUCUGAAGUUGUGCAUGUGCUGUCAAAUUUUGUCUUUGGCUUUUCCCAGACCCCUCUUCGCCACACCUUGGGUCUGCCCAGGUUCUCAACCUUCCUCUGGCAGCUGCUUCCCUCUGCUGAUUUUGCAGGCAGCUGCCAUGUCCUGGACCAUGGGCCCUACGGGAGAGAUGAUUACUUCUGCCCAAUAAGGCUCUAG